CUCAGCUCUCAACGGUGUCGGGCGCGUGUGCGUUUUUCGGUGCUGCGCGCGAACAACGUUAAAAAGUACAGCCGCGGUACGCAGUUGCAUAGUUAAUGAAAACAACAAUUAAAUUGCAUAUACAAAUUCUUGAAGUGGUUGAGUGGCGCCAGUUACAGUUACUAUGGUGAUGUUCGCUAAAUGUAUCCUUUCUUGCUGUAACCGCCCUGUAACGGGCACAGUUCAACUGGAGUCUUCAUCGCAUAAGAAAGGAUUAAACAGUGCUAAUUCCGCCUGUGUGAGUGUCUGUGUGUGAAAGUGUUCCGUUAGUGUGUUUUACUAUAAAAAGUAAGUUUGCUCGAAAAAUCUGUUGUGAUACGUGAAAGAGAAAGGGCCCACUGUCAGUCCGCCUGUUACUCCCGGUCCAGUUUUGGUGGUGGUAUCUCGUAAAACGGAAUAAAGUAAAUUUAAUCCUAUCGACUACGUUGUUAGCCUAAAAACCGCAACAAAAAAGAAAAAACGAGCACCGAAACUGCACACCCGAAGAAGACCGCGGGGAGUCCCGAAGAUUGGUGCGCGAAGGAAAAAUUCGCACAAAAAACCUGUUUUAUGUGAACGGCGGGAAAGACGAAUGUUAUCACCAACACGAAACGAAACUUAGUGUGAACGUUCCUGAAGUGUAAAAAACCAAUUCCUUUAACAAAAACAAAAACUCGACAAAUGAAAGCUCUCUUAAAGCAUCUCAAAAUAUUCCCACCAAAGACGAUGGCGCCGGCACUGCAGCCAUGCGGGAUGCGCUGUCAAACGUUUGUCCUGCUGCUCCUGUACGCCACCAUCAUUGGGAACGUGUUCGGUCAGCUGAAUUCGCAAAGCAAGGUCAAAUCGGUCGAAAUGUUCGAGUUCGAAUGUUUCCCACCGUCCCAGAAAGAAAACCUAACGCCACGGUUUGCCUCCUUGAAUCAGAACGACUCGAUCUCGCUGCAGGUGUCGAACCGCUUCACGCACCAGAUCCUGUCACGCAUUUACGCGAUCUUUUUGCGCGAGGUCCUGGGCUAUCGGAAUCUGAAGCUGGUCGAAAUACGGGAUGAGCUGCCGCCCGUGGAAACGGAACGUAUGCGGAUGUUUCUCACCAUGGAGCAUUUAGCGAGCCAUGGAGGAAAAUGGCCGGAUCCAACGAUCGACCUUGAAGUUUGGCUGCUGUCGGACUACCAUUACAUCCCGCAGGAAAUUCAGGACGCGGGUGCCAUCACGAACCCGGGCCGGUUCGGGCUGUUCGUGCCGAAAGCACUCAUCCGGAAGGAGGAUGCCUUUCCCAAACCGCUCAUCUACACCAUGUUCCAGGAGGACGUCAACGAUCACCGGUACUACGACAUCAUCAAGAAGUUUGACAUCCCCGAAGCGGUGCUCGAAUCACUCUACCGGUAUGCCGAGAACAGUUGUAAGGACGUGUGCAACGAUCAGGGCAUGUACAUUCCCAGCCACUGUACCGAGGGACGGAAGUGUGCGCUGGUGUUGGCCCCACACUACGAAAACACGCACUUCAUCGUGAAGCACAUCGACGAGAUGGAGUUUCAGCUGAAGGUGAUCUGGUUGGGCGACAAGCUGCGGCUCGGGAUAAAGCAGCUGAUGAGCGUGUACGGUGGGGAUCGCAAGAAUGGCAAAAAGUUCCUGGUGUUCCACUGGACACCGUCGGAGGUGAUCAACAGCCGCCGGAUGGAGUACGUUCCGGUCACGAUGCCACGGUGCGAGGAGAUGAUCGCUAGCAACGAUACCGGAUGCAAGUACGAGAUGACGCCGCUGCUCAAAUACUACGGCAAAAAGUUCCAGGACGCGGCGUAUGCGUUCGAUUCACUCGUGCUGCUCCACUUCCGGGAGGAACAUAUGCAGCAAACGUUUGACCUGUACGAUAAGUACGAGGAUCAGAUCCUGCAGGCACGCGAAGAAUCCGACACGGACCAGCUGGGUGUGACCCGGUUCUACGAUCAGAUCGCAUGCGACUGGAUGCUCACGCAGCCGGACGUGUGGAGAGGGUUCAAACCACCGACACCGGUAGAGGAGGUGUUUGUCGGUGGCAUAUUUCCACUGUCGGGGAUGGGUUUGUCGUACCUGGGGAUAGCACCGGCCGCCCUAAUGGCACAGCGCGACAUCAACCAAAACACCACCAUACUGUCGAACUACAGGCUGACGGUGCAGCAAAACGAUGGCCAAUGUCGGGCGGACACGGUCAUGAAAUCGUUCAUCAGCUACUACGUACAGCAGACGAAGAUGAUCGGUAUCCUGGGGCCGGCCUGCAGUGAAACGGUCGAACCAAUUGCCGGUGUUUCGAAACACUUCCGCAUGGCGGUCAUCUCCUACUCGGCCGAAGGUGCGUUUCUGUCCGAUCGCGAGAAGUAUCCUUACUUCUUCCGGACAAUAGGUGAGAACCGGCAGUACGAGCACGUGUACGCGUUGCUACUACCCCGCCUCAACUGGCACCGAGUGGCCGCACUGACCGAGGAUGGCCAGAAAGCGACCGAGUACAUCUCCUACAUGGAGACGCUGCUAAAGGAGCGCUCCAUCGAACUGAUAUCGAACAAGAAGUUCCCACGCGAUCGUACCGAUAUGGAAAUGAAGCGGUAUCUGCUGGAUUUGAAGAUGAAAAAUGCUAAAAUUAUCAUCGCCGAUGUAGACGAUAAGGUGGCCCAGGUGAUUAUGUGCGAAGCGUACAAAUUGGAGAUGACGGCUGAAAAUGGUUACAUCUGGUUCCUACCUAUCUGGCUGUCGAACGUGUGGAACCUUAGCUCGGAAACGCACGGAACCGGUAGCAACGAUAACAGCACCAUACCUCCACAACAACAAACUUCGCACACACGCGGCUGCAGCAACAGUGAGCUGCUGCGUGCUAUGAACGGCCACUUUUCCCUUUCGCAUGCACCUUACGCGGACGAUAACAGUCGCUUGGACGUCGACGGUACGACAGUAGCUGAGUGGAAGCAUCGCUACGUCCAGAAUCUUUCGUACGAAGGCUACGCCGCUUCAGACUACGCCGGUUACGCGUACGAUGCUGUGUGGGUGUAUGCGCUCGCUUUCGAUCGACUCCUGCGCGAAGAUCCAUCGUACUUUAGUGAUCUGCACUCUGAAGCGACCACCAACCGACUAAUCCAGCUGAUUCAUGAGACCGAUUUUCAGGGCGUAUCCGGUAGGAUCCGGUUCAACGAAGCUGGCUCGCGGUACACGAUCAUCAACGUGCUGCAGUUCGUCAAUGGGACGGCCAACAUUGUCGGCCACUUUACGCCCAACAUAUCCGCCGAUUACAAACUGAUCGGAGGUGAUCUGAAACUGAACGAGUCCGCCAUCGUGUGGAUGACGCGGGAUGGCCGUGCCCCGGAUGAUGGUGCGCUGGUCUGUGCGUUUGAAAGCAUCGUGCGCAUCUUCGGCAUCGACUGUGAUGAUGUUACGCUGAUCGUCAUCACCAUGGUUUCGAUCAUUAGCAUCCUGAUCCUAUCGGUAGCGUCGUUCCUGUUCUGGAAGGAACGGUACGAUCGCAAAAUGAAAACGUCCGCCAAGUACCUGCAAAAGCUCGGCAUUGAUCUGCUGUCACCGUCGGCCAUACCGUUCAACACGCUCGACAAGUGGGAAAUACCGAAGGAUCGUGUCGUGAUCAAUCGACGGUUGGGCGAAGGUGCGUUCGGUACGGUGUACGGUGGUGAGGCACAGAUCGAAGACGAGGGCUGGACAGCCGUGGCCGUGAAGACGCUUAAGGUGGGCUCCACCACGGAGGAUAAGGUAGAUUUCCUGUCCGAGGCUGAGGCGAUGAAGCGAUUCGACCACAACAAUAUCGUUCGGUUGCUGGGCGUUUGUCUCCAGUCGGAACCGGUCUAUACCAUUAUGGAGUUUAUGCUGUACGGUGAUCUGAAAACGUAUCUGCUAGCUCGAAGACAUUUGGUGAACAGUAAACAGUCGGAAGACUCGGACAUCUCCAACAAACGGCUCACGAUGAUGGCGCUCGAUGUGUCGCGAGCACUGUCGUAUCUGGCAGAACAGAAGUACGUCCAUCGGGAUGUGGCCUGCCGCAACUGCAUGGUCAACGCACAGCGUGUGGUAAAGCUGGGUGAUUUCGGCAUGGCACGGCCAACGUUCGAGAACGACUACUAUCGAUUCAACCGGAAGGGAAUGUUGCCGGUCCGGUGGAUGGCACCGGAAUCGUUAGCGCUGGGUUUCUUCACACCGGCCUCGGAUGUGUGGUCGUACGGGGUGCUGCUGUACGAGAUCAUCACGUUCGGUUCGUUCCCGUUCCAGGGACUCACAAACAAUCAAGUGCUGGAACAUUUGAAGAAUGGCAAUACGCUCACCAUUCCUGUCGGUGUGAAGCCACAGCUAGAGGGUCUCAUGAAGGCGUGCUGGAAUCAGGACUACAAGAAGCGUCCCUCCGCCUCGGAGGUGUCCGAAUUCAUCUCGAACUAUCCGCGGCUGCUAAACCCCUGUCUGGAUGUGCCACUCGCAUCAGUCGAGAUGGUGGACACGGACAGUGAUCAGUUUGAGCUGUUACCUGGACUGCGCAAGUACAAGGACGAUUCUCAACCGACAGCUGAUCUGCUGGUCGGUACGCAACCGAUGAAUGAUCUUAACAAUGGUUACAAUAACGUGAGCAUCAUGUCAACUGGUGGCGCCCAGCGUAAUAACCAACGGCGUGCGAUCAAUCUGAACGAUCUGAAUGUAGCGACAGACUUCACUACGGUCAAUCCGUUGCCGCCGUUGGAUGACUACGAGGAGGAUCCAUCCACGAGACAACCGCUCGGCGGACCGGCGCAACAGAGGCAAACCACUUCGGCGAACCAUCUGAACGUGUACAAUCCGAUCGAGCCACUGUUGCAGCGUGACACCGAGGUUACCAAGAGCAACAACAGCCUACUCCGGUACGUGCCUAUGUUUGGGUUUGGCAAAAGCAAAACGGUUACGAUCGGUGGUACGACGAUCGUGACGGGUAGUGCAGGCCGAACCGUACCGCCGACCACUGCCCUCCACUGUACUACCUCGCUAGGGGCGAUGGGUGGUGGUAGUAAUACCAACUCUCCCCAGUCGCCUACCGGCUCGGUGCUCGGCAUGAGCGGUGGAACCAUGAUUGUAAACACACGUAGCACUAGCACGACGAUUUUAUAGCACACCGAACCUGCACCGGAGCGUCGUCGUCGGGCGCGACAGGAUCAGCUGAAUAUCACGCAACCGGAAACGAACCAAGAGCUGAACGAACCCGGUUGCUCGACAAGAGCUGCUGGCGGGCCGAAUUAAAGACAAAAGCAAACCACAAAAAAAAGAAACCAAAAUUAUCCUUUUUAUAGCAAAAAACAAACCAGCUUUAAGCGUAGAUCAAAAGAGAGACAGGAGGUUCCUAUCAAUCCACGGUGGGCGAGACAGAGAGAGAGAGACAGGAGAAUAAUAAUUUUAAGCAAAUGUAGAAAGUAAAAAGUCUAGCCGAUCACAUCGGUUACCGAUCACUGCGCAAUAUGCAUUAUCUGCCAACGUGGGAAUUAACAAUGCUCGGUGAAGCAUUAUCGCAUACAGUUUUUAGUAGCAGCAGCCAAUACUAGUGAAGGGUAGUAGCAGUAGUAGUAAUCCAACGACAACCGAACAGAAGGUGUACAAUAAUGAUUGGAUGGCAGGGCAACACCCAAACCAAGCGAGCAUAAUCUCAACAGUACAAACUAACCUUAUACCGUCCAGGGAUGUGAACAGUCAAAGAAAGCAAACGCAAAAUUGGAGAAACCGGAGCGCAGAUCUUGGCAAGAUGGAAGAACAUAUUUAACAACAUAAACCCCGCUAACAAACCAUGAUGAUUACCGUGUUUAAGGCUAUAAAUUGGAUUAAGUAACUCCCGCAUAAAUUGGAUUAAGUAACAGACGCGGGACAGAGAGUGUGCGUGCGUACGUAGGGGUAGAAAGAGUUAGUUCUGCUAACAAAAAACACACACACACAGAGGGAUAAUAGUGAAAUUAUUAACACUUUAUGGUGUAAGGGAAAAGCUUCCAUAAUUUUCCCCCCUUACCAUGGGUGGUUAAAUAGUGUUUAAGACAGAACAACACUUCUUCGGGUGUCCAUUUUUAAUCGGCUGAAAGAGGAGAGAUGUCAGGGAUGGCUAGCAUUAUGAUAAUCAAAAUGGGAAAAAAGAACAUCAUUAUCUGACUAGCUUCUAAUUAGGGAGAGAGAUAGAUAGAGCAAGAGUUUGUGCGUGUGUGAGAAAGACAAAUAGAAGUUUUUGUUGAAUACUUUUACACGAUACGAAUCUUUCGCAACGAACCGCUCAAAAUCCACCUGACUUCUGUAUCAGACGCUAUACAGGGUUUCGAUUCAUAUGAUAGAACUUUCGAAUCUCUUAAGUAAAUGUUUCAAAUGAAUUGUGAAAUAUUGCAUUUCGGCUGUGGAACUUUGCAAUAAUAUAAUGGAAUCAUGCAGUUAAGAGAAAGGUGACUGUGGAAUUUUGCUAUUAGCUGUACAUUCUUCUGCUUCUUUCUUGGCCUAACGGCCUCUUAGAUCUUGCCUCCCAGUAAAUGAUAUGUUGGACUCCAUAAUAUGAUUGCAAAGUUCCACAAUGGGUUUAUAAUACUCCACCUUCCAUUUGAAACAUUCCCAUAAAUUUUUAAACCGAAAGCCUGUACCGCCGUAAUCUGCCGAUUCAAUCCUCAAAUUCGCCAUUCCGUCGAAUGUAUCUACGUCACAACUUCAUCACAACUUCAGCAAACCAGAUCCUGUGGACGGCCUAAAAGGACAUUACAGAUGGUAGUCCGGUGUCAUUCGCAAGACAUCACCAGCCCAGCAGUGGAGUCAAUAGUGCGAUCAUCGUAUAGCCCAUAGAACUUGUUUGACCUUCGCCAUUGUCCUUCACUCCACAAACGAGACCAAGAGUCCUUCUUCUGGACGUCUUUUGGACAGAUCCUAUAUCUCAUAGGUAUUUUCCGCAGCGAAUGGUCCUAAGGCUAUAAUAUGACCGGUUGCCACAGUUAUUUCCACGCUGUCACCUCCCCAAAGUCUUGUGGCGCUUACUCGAUUCUUUAGCUCUGAGCACGGUCUUUAAUAUCAAAGAAGAGGCAAGAUAAGGCUUGUAGCUGAUGCUCUGUCAUCUACUACUCCAGGAUGCCGUACCGAAAUUCUUCAAGCAAACAGUUGCCAGAACUCUAAUUCAGUGUGUGAAAGGUUCUUUGCAAAAGAUUCGCUUCCUGUAAACGUCCUGCAGUCCUGUUGCGUUAUUAAAUUAGUAAAACAUGUUUUCUUUACUAGUAAGAGAUGGGACACGCUACGUACACGUAAACCACUAGUACUAGAGGAUAACAAUUCUAAAGCAAAUGCUAAUAAUUAUAGCCAAAUUUUUCUACCACUCAACUAACUACAUAAUCGAGCGAUAGAGAGAAAGGAAAGGAUUACAAAAAAAAAAGCUACCACCACCAAUGUAGUGAUUACAAAUAUCGAAUACAUUUCUAGUAACAUUUUACGUUAGGGGUAUAAAACACACAUACCGACAUGAAGCUGGGUUUUUGGCUUUCUCUCAACUCCCUUUUCAAAUUCUAGACAAAUUUUAAAAGUUUCAUUUAAAAAAAUGGAAGGGAUGAUAGCGGGAGAGCGAGAGAGAGGGAGAUUGUGAUUGUAAAAUUUAUUCAUCAUUUAGGUAAUGUACCAACUCUUACCAACCAAGGGUCAAACCAUGAGGCAAAUAAUAUUGAUUAGCAAAGGGUACCCGUCGUGAGUUUGGGGCCCUAAACCCCCCCAAAAGCAAGCAAGACUCACGCAGAGACGUGUGAAGCGAUGAACCAAAGGCGUAUGUAGAAUAGAACACGGAAGGUGUAAAAAAUGUACCGAUAUAUCCACAGCGAUAGAGAGCGGAUGAAUCAGUCCAAAGUACCUAUUGUUUAGCGAUAAUAUUCUCCCAAGCAAAAUGCGUAGCGUUAAAAAAACCGUCAGAGGUAGAAUUUUCGGUUUAAAAUUAGUUACUUUUCCCUGCCAGUGUGUAAAAAGCAAGCAAACAAAAUCAACUGCCAACAAAUAGUUACAAACAACUACACUGUCCAUAGCGCUGCCAAAAAUGAUUUACAACACAUUUAUGUUUAGGCCAAUGUCUGCUUCAGGAAUUCAAAACUACACACAAAAACAUUUACUCUACAAAAAAAAACAGGAUCGAGAAUCGAGGAUCAGGGACACACUCUGGAACCGUUUCGACCGGAUGCUAACCGGCCAAAACCUGAUAAGACUGAUUAGUUUGUAAGUGAAGUUCGGUUGGUGACAGUGGCGUGCCGGGAAGGCAUCCUGGCCUCGAUAGCGUUUCUAGACAAUGUGGUCGAUCCCCAACCCAUCCACCGCGUGGAUGUGAAACGUGUGAAAAUAUGGAAAAAGAUUGUUUGGUUUUUUAGCUAGCGCAAAUUUACCCAGUUUUAGCAGAACGCAAUAUACCGUGAGGCGGACGGUAGUAGAACGGAAUACGGAACCCCACUAGAACCCAUACACUAGGGUCACAUUUAAUCCUGCUAGAACAUUAUACAUACAACCCCAUACGUACACACCUACAUACAUGUACGGUACGCAUAUAUACAGAUAUGAAUAAAGCAAAAAACAAGAGGAUUUCUACUACAUUGA